GGUGACGGCUGCCCCGCUGUGUGGGCAGCUCCCAAGGUCUGCUCGCGGGAGAGAGGCGUGCGAUGGCGUGCCCUCCGCGACUGAGGGCGCCCGGGCGCGCGAGCACAGCCUGCCGUUGCGCGCUGUGUAUAGCUUGCUAGUGUGUUACAGGCCGCUAGAUAAUAUUAUUUUUGCCCGACGAGCGAAGGAGCGCCGCGGGCGUGAUUCGAGCCAAUAAUACGCGGAAGUAUACCCCGUACGCACGCUGCCGCUGUUGGCAAAAAGCUAGGAGUACGGCCGCUGCAGCAAAAGACAGCACUGCACGCUGCGCACAGCGGCCACUUUCGUCCAAACUAGUGCCGCAUAGAUCACAGCGAUGGCCGCCGAGCAACAAGACGCCUUCGCAAAAGCCGCCGCACGAAACGGCCACGCCCUCGUCGUCGUCGCCGGCGACGUCGGGAGAAGUCCACGAAUGCAAUAUCAUGCGUUGUCACUGGCGGAGGAAGGGCGGGCCGUGACGCUCGUCGGGUAUGCGGGCGAGCGUUGUAUUGACGCGUUGGUACGGCACGUUUGUGUGCGGGAGGUGCGCAUCGCGGAGCCAUUGAGGCGGUUCCCGGGUUUCCUGGGCAGGGUCUAUCGGUUGCUCGCGCUUUGUUUCGCUCUAGGCCGUGCGUUAUUCAAAGCUAGAAGAGAUCAUAGAGCGUCCCUGGUGCUGUGCCAGACGCCGCCCGCAUUACCAGCACUGUUUCUAUGUUGGCUCGUCGCGCGACGAGAUGGCGCUCAUGUGGUCGCCGACUGGCACAACCUGGGGCACACGGUGCUGGCGGACGCUUCUUUGAGAAGGAAGGGGAGGUUGUCUUUUGCUGAUAGAGUGGCCGUGGGGAUCUACGACUUUCUCGAGCGACGGAGCGGUCGGCUCUUAGAUAGGCACCUCUGCGUCACGCACGCCCUGAAGGCGUGGCUCUCCCGAAAUUACGGUAUUCAUGCGGAAGCGGCCCACGACCGGCCGCCCUCGAUGUUCACGUCGCUAAGUGAAAGCGAAAGGCUCGCGGCGCUCGCGAGGAUCGGUUCAAUCGCCUUCCCUUCUUCCUCAAAUGACCCCUUCUGGCGCGGCCGUUCAUUAGCCGAUGCGUCGAAGGAUCGCCCUACUAUAAUAGCGUCGUCGACGUCGUGGUCCGCGGACGAAGACUUCGACGUUUUGCUCGACGCAUUGAUCGCCUACGACAAGGCGCACACACAACGCCUCGUCGUCAUCGUGACGGGCAAGGGCGAGUUACGGAGGCGCUUCGAGGAGCGGUACGCUACUCUGAACUUGCGACAUGUGAGGGUCGCAACCGCGUGGCUGUCCACGAAAGACUACUGCUGUUUGUUGGCCUGUGCCGACGUCGGCGUGUCGCUCCAUGCCUCGACUUCAGGCUUGGACCUGCCGAUGAAAGUGGUCGACAUGUUCGGAGUUGGGUUACCGGUGCUACAAUUGGCGUUUCCGUGCGUUUCCGAACUUGUGGAAGAUGGCGUCAACGGCGUGCUUUUUGAGGACGCGGCGUCGUUGGCGCGCGAGCUCGCCAAGGUCUCAGGACGGGGCGACGCUUUGCAGACGUUGCGCGCGGGCGCGGGUCUUCAGGAGCGGUGGGGGGGCAUGUGGGCGCGGUGCGUGGCGCCGGUCGUCGGGCCGGCGUUUGGGUCUGGGGAGUAGGUGUUGUUUGUUUGAUGGACUCUGUUCCCGGCUUCCUAGACGAAGCAACCCUGAGACUGUGUCGGCACAGGCCACUGGGUUUUGGGUCGCCCCGCCUUGUCUGAUCGUCAAAUACCGCUCAUACUUGCGCGCAGCAGUGUUCGUCGUAUUUCCAGAUCGCGUGCGCGAAAGUUCGAUCGAUAGAUGCGCUCCCAGAGAUUGGAAAAACUUGGGGGUUGCAGCUGUGCUCGGCGACUCCGCGACGCGCGCGCGUUGCGCCGGUGCGCGUGACCUGUAGCCGACACGCCGCCAGCGGGCUCGAGCCUGGACAGCGCGGCCCGACCUCGAGUCGCACUCGUACGCGUCGCGACGGCCGCCCGCGCGCAGGUCCAGCCGAGGAGAUUAACAGGUCAUUCCACUCCUCCGACGGUCACC